AGAAACAAUACCAACUUCUCAUCAUCGUCGAACCCUGAUCCCUGGGAACAGAUAUGGAAGAUGAAGAGAUCAUGAUAGACAUAAGAGCAAUAAUGACAGAUAAUAGAGAAGAUGGUCUCUCCUCGCCUUUGCGUUGUAUCUACAAGGUGCCUCCGAUGAUUCGUGUUCUAAAAGAGCAAGCUUACACUCCACAGGUCGUUUCCAUUGGUCCCUUCCAUCACGGUGAUGUGAGGCUGCAAGACAUGCAAGACCACAAAAAAAUAAUGUUCAAAAGAUUUGUAGAAAGAUCAGCUAUGAUAGGCUUGGACACUUUGGUCAACUUUGUAAAGGAGGCUGAGCCCAAUGUUCGUGCUUCUUAUUCAGAGAGCAUCAAGCUUAGCAAGAAUGAUCUUGCUAAAUUGAUAUUAGUGGAUGCUGCUUUCAUCAUUGAGCUCUUUAGGAUGAGUUUCAAUGAAACGUUUCAUUGCAGAAACAGUGAUGCUAAACUAUCACAAACAUGGUUAACGGAAGCUAUAGGUAUCGAUUUGCUUUUACUUGAGAAUCAACUUCCGUACUUUUUCCUUGAACAACUAUUCAAUAUAGCAUUUCCACUUCAUCUUAGAGUUGGCCGCCCUUCAUUUCUUGAGCUUACAUAUUUCUACUUCCACAAUCAUAACAUUCAAAGUUUAGAGCCUCGUUCCAAUAUCAGGAUAAAGCAUUUCACAGAUCUUCUUAGAUUAUUUUACUUACCGGAAACAAAAUCGAGAAGGGGUCAGUUCAAAGAGGAUGGAUCUGAUUUUCUUUUAUACAACGCAAAAGAGUUAAAAGAGGCAGGAGUAAAGUUGAAGGUAAGAGCAAGCAAGUGCUUACUAGACUUGACAUUCUCAGGACAUUGUCUGGAGAUUCCUCAAAAUUUUGUCGAAGAUUCCACUGAAACUUUGUUUCGUAAUAUGAUAGCUUUAGAACGGUGCCAUUAUCCUCAUGAAUCUUAUAUUAUUGACUAUGUUAUUGUAUUGGAUAGCCUAGUCAGCACAAAAGAAGAUGUGGAGAUUCUCACUCAUAAAAAGAUUAUCCACAACUUGCUAGGUGAUGUCGAUAAGGUUGCUACAUUAUUUAAUGGUCUUGGGAAUAAUAUAAGUAUAUACAAUUUCAGUAUUGAAUACCUUGACAUUUGCAAAAGAUUGAAUGAGUUCUAUCAGGAUAGUUGGCAUAAGGGAAAAGCAACUUUGAGAAGAGAUUACUGCAACACACGUUGGCGAAUGGUGGCUUCCAGUGCUGGAAUCAUACUUCUCAUUCUCACCCUUACUCAAACCAUAUUUUCCAUCCUCCAAGUAGUAUAGAAAUAUAGCUAGAUUUGAAGCUUGUGUAUUUUAGUGUUUUGUCCUUUAAAUUUAUAUUCCCUUGCUAGUUUUAUUCAGUCUUUCUAC